CAGCUGGAUGAACGCGCGACUGCGCAGCAGCAAAAGUCUUGAGGGGAAAACCUGGUGGUUUUUACAGCGGGGUUUUCCUUAAAAACGUUGGAAAUACUCAGAUUUUUCUUUCAAAUUUUCAUUUUGUAAGUUUCUUUCCUAGUUUUUUUUUUUUGUUCCUCCGUGAGUGUAAACUUCGGAUUAUUUGGAUAAAAAAGAUUUAAAACAUUUGAAGGGAGUUUUUUCCCUUUGAAUCUCGCGUGUGAUCACCUGUACAGACAGGAGUGUGUGGACUGGAGCAGUGUGAGCUCAGUAUCAGACUGUGGUUCAGUUGGACAGACGAGUCUCCGGUGCCAACGCCUUUCUCCUCUCUUCUGUUUCUCCGCUUCUCCUCGGCUGGAAACUUCAGCUCACACCGACCUUUGACGGCGUCUGACGGCGUUUCCCUUCAACUAAUGAGCUGCUGAAACGACAGUCAGAGAAAAGAAGUUUUAAAAAGUGAAAAUGGGCUGCACGAUCAGCGCCGAGGACAAAGCUGCGGUGGAGAGGAGUAAAAUGAUUGAUAAAAACCUGCGGGAGGACAGAGAGAAAUCCUCCAGAGAGGUCAAACUGCUUCUUCUCGGUGCUGGGGAAUCUGGGAAGAGCACAAUAGUAAAGCAGAUGAAAAUCAUUCAUGAAGAUGGUUACUCAGAAGAGGAGUGCAAGCAGUACAAAGUGGUGGUGUACAGCAACACCAUCCAGUCCAUCAUGGCCAUCAUCAGGGCCAUGGGACGGUUAAAGAUAGAUUUUGGGGAUGCUGCACGGGCGGAUGAUGCCCGCCAGCUGUUUGUCCUGGCGAGCUCAGCAGAGGAAGGGGUGAUGUCGGCAGAGCUGACCGGCGUGAUUCAGAGACUGUGGGGCGACGCUGGAGUUCAGACGUGCUUCGAUCGAUCACGAGAGUACCAGCUCAAUGACUCUGCUUCAUACUACCUUAAUGACUUGGACAGGAUCUGUCAGCCGAACUACAUCCCAACUCAGCAGGACGUGCUGCGUACACGUGUGAAGACCACUGGCAUCGUUGAAACUCACUUCACCUUCAAAGAUCUCUACUUCAAAAUGUUUGAUGUCGGCGGUCAACGCUCGGAGAGGAAGAAAUGGAUCCAUUGUUUUGAGGGAGUCACAUCUAUCAUUUUCUGUGUAGCACUCAGUGACUACGACCUCGUCUUGGCUGAGGAUGAGGAGAUGAACCGCAUGCAUGAGAGCAUGAAGCUUUUCGACUCCAUCUGCAACAACAAGUGGUUCACGCUCACCUCCAUCAUCCUCUUCCUCAACAAAAAGGACUUGUUUGAAGAGAAGAUCGGCAGGAGUCCACUCACUAUCUGCUACCCAGAAUACACAGGUGGGGACUCAUACGAGGAGACUGCAGCUUAUAUCCAGUGCCAGUUUGAAGACCUAAACAAACGAAAGGACACCAAGGAGAUCUACACCCACUUUACCUGUGCCACAGACACCAAGAAUGUGCAGUUUGUGUUUGAUGCCGUGACCGACAUCAUCAUCAAGAUCAACCUGAGCGAGAUCGGGCUGUACUAAAGCUUCAGGCCCUGCAGGUGUCAGGAGCAGAAAUAGGACUUCUGGGCUGGUAUGUCUUGUCUGCAGAGGGCGAAUUGGAAAGUAGGUGUUACUAAGAACUGAGCUGGUGGCCAUGCUGCAUUUAGGACCUAAAUUCCACAAUUUGGGGACUUGAUACUAUGAUUACGUUUGUCUUAAUAGAUGUUAUGAUGCAGAGCAUACUGGAGAAAGUGAUAUGUGGGGGAGGCUUGUGAAAUGAGGGUCACUGUGAGAUAUGUGGAAUCCUGUUAUAUUUAAGACCUGUGCAACAGUCUGGGGCUGGCAGGUAAAGCCCCCUCAGAAAGUCUGUCUGUCUCAUGUACAAGGACCAAAAGAGCCUGUUCAUCAAAUCCAUCACUGCAUUUCACUGUUUCACAGAUGACGAGUUAAUUCUGUUCACUUUUUUCUGUUGCAUCUUCUCUUAGCUUGAGUCUGUAUCACACCGCUUUUAUUGAAUAUUUGUUACAUUUCGUUUUAAUUUUGGAGUAGCAAUUAUUUAGUAUUACCAUUUUUGGAUGUGUGAAUGCAAUAACUUAUGUAUGGAGAGGCGUUUUGUGUGAGCAGUUUUUGUAAAUAUACAUAACGUAUCAUUUUGGGUCUGGGAUUAGUUUGCAAGAGUGUAAUGAACUCAGUAGCAACACAGCUGUCUACAUAGUUAAUUAUUAACUAGACAACAUUGUACUGAACAAUAUUUUUAUACAUGAGACACAUCAUUGGAAAUCAUUUUGUGAAGGGAGAUCUUGACUUCCCAUAGGAGUUUGAAUAUAAGUAGGUAUUUUUUUAAUCAUGUAGAUAUCAGUGAAGAUGAAAACAUUGAACAAAAAAAUGGGUUAGUUUGAUAUAGCCACAGGCUGUAUUUUCUUUGGCUGCAGCUGUCACAUAAUAUUUAGGAAGUCAUUUGCUGAACUACAGAAUACUGUAGCAGAGCAGAGUUUGGGUCAGUCACUUCCUGCACCGAGGAAUCCUGGUAGAAAUCAUUCCUGAAGGUUCAAGUCGAGCUUUCUGAACAUUGCCGCAGUUGUAAUUUUCAUUUCAACAUCAUUAAAUGAUGGCACAACA